AUGUCAGCCCGGCUCGCAUCUCCCCCAUUCUCCCACCACCCUGCCCUGCGUCGUCUGCUCCUCCUGCGAGGCUCCCAAAGUUCCCUUGACGCGGGAGCAUGCCGUACUGACAGUCUCGGUCUUCUCAGGCACCCACCGUCGUCAUCCCGCCUCCCUCCCUCGCUCUCCAUUUUAGGGGACAACGCGCCCGCACGCCCUCAGCCCUACGACGGCCCCCAGCCUCGACGUACCCGCAAUGUCUCCCCAUUGAACCCCAUUCCUCUGCGCAGAUCUCGUAGACGAGUUAAUGGCUCAAAAAGAUACAGCGCCAUCUUCCCCUCCUCCACUUCCCGUCACAGUGAACAUGUGCCUCGCCCCUCCUCCCCGUCGGCGACCCAGCUAGCUCGUCGACAAUCCGAUUCUGGCCCUUCUUCUCGCAUUGAUGAAGCAGAGUCCGACGCGGUGCAGCCUACGAUUGCCGAGCGCCUCGAUGAACAGACUGAAAACGCAACCGCGACACCCCCUGAGACGCCAACCGAGCGCCGUCAAUCAUUACGGAGAAAUCGAUUCAGCAUGCUGCGCUUCCGCCAUGCCUCAGAUCCCCAACUGUCGUCCUCCUACGCUCAGGCAGAUCCAGAUGCCCCGCCUGUGCCUCCUCUUCCUCCACCCCCAACGAUCAUCACCACUGCACCGACAAAUCCUGAUCUAGAAAAGUCUGCCCCGCGAAAGAACAAGCUGAAGAUUCCGUUGUCGAGGAAGCCCUCGCAGGAGGCAUUGGCCGAAAGUCGGAACAGCGCUGGUAGUGGGAAGACCGACUUCUCCAUGCAAAGCUCAGGCAGUUCUCAAGCCGUGGGUCCCAAUCUAGGGACAUCCCGCACCAGCCAUGAGGAGCCAGGAAGACUGUCGACGUCGUCAAUACGGAGUGGAGGGACCCUUCAUGCGUCCGAACGUGAUGCGAGAUUCUCAGAGUCAUCCCGGUCGGAGCGAAGCUUUGGGGACCGCGGGCCCGACCGCGGGCUAUUCCAAACCACGUCCAAGACUGAGAGCUCGCACUCUCAGAAGAAGUUCCGUAUGCCACGUUUAAUGAAGAGCCGUGGGCCGCUGUUCCCCUUACCGGCGAAGCCUCCUCCCCAGGGAACUUCCAAUUCUUUGUCUGGUGACACCACCAGAAGAAGCUCCAUGGAUCCCAACAAUCCUAACCCCGAUCAUCUCUCCCCCCUUCCUUCUCCCACCCAUUCUUCCGCUAAGCUGUCAUCCCCCAAGGCGGGCCAUACCGCGCCGCCCCUCUCCCGCAAAGACUCCAUCACCUCUGCUCGUUCUGUGAAUUCGUCUUCUUCCGCUAAGGGUCGCCAUGGUCCGCGACGUCGAGGCCGAUUGUCUACCCUGAACUCGCUCGCAGACAUUCGUCGUGAUGAUCACCAGUCUUCGCCGAACCUGGCGUCUUCGGGCCGAACAUCGACCUCCACGAGCGGGCGCAAGAGCUUCGGGGACAUCUUUAAUUUGUCCCACAGACUCAGACAGGGUUCGGAACCGCCUGUGCCCCGGGAUGGCUAUCCCGCCAGUGGGGGACCUGGCACGCCUGCGUCUGAGUCGAAAAACGGCUCGUACCCUGUUUCCCGUGAUGUUUCCUCCUAUCCCGAACGCGAAGAAGGAGACACCCCUGCAACCUAUCUGUCUCGACUGCAAGAGACGGUACCUAAAGGAGCCAUAGCUGCCAUCUUAUCCAAGUCGGACGAUGAAUUUUACAAGGUCGCCCUGCGGAAAUACAUGAGAACCUUUUCUUUCUUUGGCGAACCCAUCGACAUGGCUAUUCGAAAGCUGCUGCUGGAGGUGGAGCUGCCCAAAGAAACCCAGCAGAUUGACAGGGUGCUGCAGAGCUUUUCGGACCGGUAUCAUGAAUGCAACCCUGGCAUUUUUGCUUCCACAGACCAGGCAUAUUUCAUCGCAUUUUCGAUCCUGAUCUUGCACACCGAUGUCUUCAAUAAAAAUAACAAACGAAAGAUGCAGAAACAGGACUAUGUCCGGAAUUCUCGAGUCGAUGGCAUCUCGGAGGAUAUUCUCGAAUGCUUUUAUGAGAAUAUCUCGUACACUCCUUUUAUCCAUGUUGAAGAUGAGCUCAAUCUCAGUGGACGGCAAUUUUCGAAGCCACGGAACGCGUUAUUGAAGGCGGCCAGUUCGGAUCAUUUGUCACGAGCCUCCAAAGAGCCCGUGGAUCCCUACGCUGUGAUCCUCGAUGGGAAGCUCGACACUCUGCGACCCACGCUCAAGGACGUGAUGGACCUGGAGGAUACCUAUAGCUUCGCGGGAGCGGGAGAGCUCCAAGACAUUGAAGCGCUGCAUCGAGCAUUUUCCAAGUCGGCGAUCUUACAAAUCGUGUCGGCUCGGUCCCGGCCGGAUGCCUUCAUGACGCAAACCAGUAUCGACAAUCCAGCAGAGUCCCACCCGGGCCUGGUAGAUAUCAAAGUGGCCAAGGUCGGCUUACUCUGGCGAAAAGAUCCAAAGAAGAAGAGAACACGAUCGCCAUGGCAAGAAUGGGGUGCUCUCCUAACCUCUUCACAACUCUAUUUCUUCCGAGACCUCAACUGGACCAAGUCCUUGAUGGCGCAGUAUGAGUCCCAGCAGAAACGAAAGUCUCGGAGUCCGGUGGUGUUCACGCCGCCCAUUGUUGAAUUCAAGCCGGACGCGAUCAUGUCGACCUCUGAUGCCGUCGCCCUGAUAGAUUCGAGCUACAAGCGCCACAAGCAUGCCUUCCUUCUGGUUCGUCACAAUGGCCUAGAGGAGAUUUUCCUCGCCAAUAGCGAAGCGGAUAUGCAUGAUUGGCUGGCAAAGCUCAAUUAUGCAGCAACAUUCAGAACCACCGGGGUUCCCAUGAAGGGAAGCAUCGGGACCAGAUACGAGGGCCAACGGCGUUCAGUAUCUCGUGUCGAUUCCACCGCGUCGGACCGUUCCUCGCAUCAUGGGGACGCAAGUACGGCUUCCGGGGAGUAUGAUCCUCGUCUGGCCGAGGAAAUGUCCGCCGCCCGUAGGCAGCUGAUGGAGCAGAGAAUCGCCGAGGCCAAUGACAAGCUGUCAAACUGCCAAAAACAGCUCGACGACCUCCUGAGGAACGCACGACAUCUGCAGGUUCUGACCCCCGUCAGCACUCGGGCCAGAGAACAGGUCAUUCUCGCCGCGGGGCGCAUGUCAGCCAAGCUAAAAUGGGUCCGGCUGGACAUCUGGCGGACCAAAUGCUACAAGCAUGUUCUUUCACUCGACCUGGGACUGGAAGAGAAGCAGGCGGGUGAGUCUCAGAAACGUGCUUCGUAUGCCACCACUUCCAAGACCGCUUCCUCUGGGCCAAGUCAGCCUUCUCUGGCGAGCUACACCACUGCCCCUGAAGGAAAUGAUACUUCUACUGGUGCGCCAACUUCACAGGAAGAACCUAAGAGCCCAGGCAACCAGGCAUCCCCGACUUCUUCGUCUCCCGAGGCGCGCAGGGUGAGUGUUUCGACGGGUGCUCUUUCACUCGGCGAGACGAUGGAACGGGCACCAAGUAAUGCUCGUGCCAAGAAACCGGAGCGCGAGCCAUCGGUGCUUAGUUCGAGAAGUAAGGCGGAAGUGAGCAGUAUGGGUUCACUGAGUUCGAAACUAGCUUCGAGCUCUGCCAAUGUUGAUGACGGGGAGGAGCUGGUCCUCCGCGAAGCCGGGCUCUUGGGCGUGGAUGGACCGACCAAUGUGUCGAAGCAUUCUGAGAAAGGUGAUGAAGUCGACAAGAACGAGAAACCUGGCGAUGAUAAGGUGGAGCCUGUCGUGGGAGAACCUCGUGGUCGAAACCGCCGGAGUCUGCAGCGUUCCCUGAGAGACGCUCACCAUGGGCUGAAUCACCAGCGCAGCAAGAAAGGACAACGGGAUUCCGGGUCCAGUGCGGCGACGGAUCACCCUGCGGGAGCCGGUGAAGGUGAAGGUUUGUCGAGAAAAGAUACCAACUUCACUUUCCACGGGAAGAAAGCUUCGGUGGUUACUUUGGGCUCGGAGUGGCAGAAUAUGUCGGCUGAAGAGCGGCUUAAAAUGCGUAAGCCCACGCCGACGGAGGAACCAAGAGCACCGGAGUCGCAUUCGAACGGUGAUUCCAACGAGUCCGUCCGGUCGCCGUCUGUGAACAGCGGACGCCCACACUCGAUACGCAGUGCAAGCACCGCGACCGCCAGAAGCUCUCGUUUUGUUGACAAUCCGCCUGUGGCUGACGAGAUACCCGAAGUUCCGCCAUUGGAUGGAGUGAAAGAGCAAGCCAGAAACGAUGGCACUGUGGUACCGUCAGAGUCGAAAAAUGCGACAACACCGUCGACAUCUGCCAAGGAGGAUGGGCGAGGUGAUGAUAGUCAUGGGGCGACCGAUGACGCGUCGCCAAAGGAAGAUGAGCUUGCUGAGCAUGUUGCAACGCAAGAACAAGCGACACACAGUCCUCAUGAACAGGCAGUUACUGCGUGA